AUGCUCAAAAUGGACGAGGAUCUCGAUACAUCAAAAAUCAAAAAUUGGCGAUCAAUUACUACUCUAAUCGUUUUCGUUCUAACUAAUAUUAUUGUCCUUUUCCCCUUCCAUAUCCCCAUAUACCUACCUCGAUGGCUUUCCAACAUAUUUGUGGACUCGCUGAGCGCCAUACGCAUAAUACCUCGCCGAAAUCGUCCUGGAUACAAUGAGAAAGAAAGCUUCUUCGUGAGGUUUCGUUUUCCGCUGAAUUUCAUCACGGCACCAUUGAUAGCAGAUCUCUUCCUUCUAGCUAUUCAGGCUAUUGGUCGACAAGAAGUACACGAUGGAACGCUCGGCGCAAACCACAUCAUGCCCAUCGACAUCAUGGCAUUCUUCCUCACACUCGCAUAUAUCGCAAUCUCGAUCGAUGCCUCUGGUCUGAUCAGAUGGCUAGCAUUCAAAGUUCUCGAACGUGGAGGCAAGGUUGGCCACCGACUCUUCUUCUACCUGUAUGCCUUCUUCUUCGGACUUGGUAGUUUCAUCGGAAACGACCCUAUCAUUCUAUCCGGAACAGCCUUUCUCGCCUACAUGACCCGGGUAUCAAGCAAUAUCGUUCACCCCAGAGCAUGGAUCCAUAGCCAGUUCGCCAUAGCAAACAUCGCCUCUGCAAUCCUGGUAUCUUCAAACCCAACCAACCUCGUGCUUGCCGGCGCCUUCCAGAUCAAGUUCAUCGUCUACACAGCAAACAUGAUCGUGCCAACAGUUGUAACAGCCAUCGUCAUAUUCCCAUUCCUGCUCUACAUUAUCUUCGCCGAUGAAUCCCUUAUUCCACUCUCGAUCAAAAUGCACGAGCUCUCCGAGGAAGAUAAACUCAAAACGCCUGUCAACCCAAAUAUCCCCCACGCCCGAGGCAAUGCCGAAGAAGAAGAGGACAUGAACAACGCAGAAGGAAAGAAACUCUCCUUAGAAGAGAUCAUGAACCCAUUCUUGGACAAGAAAGGUGCUGCCUUUGGAGCCGUCAUCAUGACCGCCGCACUCAUCACACUCCUUGCAAUUAACGCAUCGAGUCAAACUGGAGAUGAAAAACCCGUCUUUUACGUGACAUUGCCCGCUGCAUUUGUCAUGUUCUGCUGGGAUGUCGGUUCUGGCUGGAUCUAUCGCCACGAGACACGCGAGAUUGCCGCAAAGGGUCGACGGGAUGUCGAGAAUGCACGAGCAGAGCGGGAAAUGCGAGAACGGGAGGAAUCGCAAUCUCCAGAUAUUCUGGGACUGGACCAUUCAGAGCAGGAUCUGUCGGGUCUGCCGAGGCGCACUGAGCGCACAGAUGAUGAGAUAUCACUGGGGGCUGCGGAUACAAAUAUCGACUCGAAGACUUCGACUUCCCACCCAGACUCUGGGACGCCGUUGUCAGUCUCUGUGCUGGUUGACAAAGAAAGGUUCCCAGAUCUAGAGUCACCUGGUGUUUCCUCGUUAGACAAUAAGCGGUUGGCUCUUGCAUCUUCCCCAGAACCACUGGAUUCGCGACAAACGACUGACACGACUGAUGAGGAGAAGCGGGCAUGUCCUUAUCAACAAGACGGACCACCCACGCUAGCCUCUCUCUGUGCUGAUCUCUACCGCUGGCUCCAGGAGACAUUCCCGACAGUGACUGUUGUAGUAUCCCACAUGCCCUUCCCACUAGUUCCUUUUGCGUUCGCAAUGUUCGUUCUUGUGCAGGGAUUAGUCACCAAGGGUUGGGUACCUGUUUUUGCAUAUGGAUGGGACCAUUGGGUAAAUAAGACCGGAACUGUGGGUGCUGUUGGCGGGAUGGGAUUCCUAUCUGUGAUCCUAUGCAAUUUUGCCGGAACAAAUAUCGGUACUACAAUCCUCCUCUCGCGCGUCAUCCAAGCAUGGCAAACAAUCCACGACAGAAACAAUAUCCCUAUCAGCGAGCAGACAUUCUGGGCGACUGUAUAUAGCAUGGCCCUCGGUGUCAACUUUGGUGCUUUCAGUACUGCGUUUAGUGCCUCGUUGGCUGGCUUACUGUGGCGGGAUAUCUUGUCGCGGAAACACAUUCGGGUUGGCAGUUUGGAGUUUGCGCGCGUAAAUUUGCCCAUUAUUGCUGUUUCUAUGGCCGUGGGUUGUGCUGUUCUUAUUGGGGAGGUGUAUGUUGUUCGAGGGACUCAGCCGUAUAACCAGUAA